AUCCAUCGUAAAUUACUUCAUUAACAAGUUCAUCAAGAGAAGAGAUAAUAAUGGCUUCCUCCUCCACUACUGUUUUUGCUAGUGUCGUGGGUUUGGCUCUGCUGCUCUUUGUCGGGAGUGGUAGUGCUCAGCUGAACACAAACUUCUACUCCAAAUCUUGCCCUCAACUUCAGGAAACCAUCUAUCGUGUGGUUGAAGCCGCUGUCAGGAGAGAGGCUCGCAUGGGCGCCUCUUUGCUCCGCCUCUUCUUCCACGACUGCUUUGUCAACGGAUGCGAUGGCUCAAUUUUGUUGGACGACACGUCCUCCUUCACCGGGGAGAAAAACGCGAACCCGAACCGAAACUCCGCCCGGGGUUUCGACGUCAUAGACAGCAUCAAGUCCGCCGUCGAGAAGGCCUGCCCCGGCACCGUCUCCUGCGCCGACGUCCUCGCCGUCGCCGCCCGAGACUCCACCGUCCUUCUGGGCGGGCCGAGCUGGAACGUGAAGCUGGGGAGGCGCGACGCCCGGACGGCGAGCCAAUCCGCGGCGAACAACGGCAUCCCGCCGCCGACCUCCAACCUGACCCGCCUCGUCAGCCGGUUCAACGCGCUGGGGCUGUCGGCGCGUGACCUCGUGGCGCUUUCGGGGUCCCACACCGUCGGGCAGGCGAGAUGCACCUCCUUCCGCGCCCGCAUCUACAACGAGCGGAACACGCUCGACGCGUCCCUCGCACGCACCCGCCAGUCCAACUGCCCCAGCCGCAGCGGCUCCGGGGACAACAACCUCGCCCCGCUCGACGCCCAGUCCCCGACCACCUUCGACAACAGCUACUUCGGGAACCUCGUCAGCCGCCGGGGGCUGCUCCACUCCGACCAGCAGCUGUUCUCCGGCGGAUCGACCGAUUCGAUCGUCCGGAGCUACAGCGGGAGCCAGGGGGCGUUCCGCUCGGACUUCGUGAGCGGGAUGGUGAAGAUGGGAGACAUCAGCCCGCUCACGGGGUCGCAGGGCGAGAUCCGGAGGAACUGCAGGAGGCCCAAUUAAAAGACGAGUGGGUGUGGGCCGAGAUUCGGAGGACAUGAUUUUGCGGGCCGAUCGAGUUCGAAUAAAAAUAAAGCGUGGUUUUGUGUGAGUGGGUGGGUCGGCACUCGGCAGUGCUUAUGUUGUUGUUGUUAUUUUUUUUUUUUUUUAUCUCAGUCAAGAUGUUGUUUUCUUCUGUUUGAUCUUUCUUUCUUUACUUCGUUCUUUUUUUUCCCCGUUUUUUAUGUCGAUCAAGCUUUGAAUUGAUCAAACCAGUUUAAAUUAAGUUGAUUUCUCAACCUUUAUAUUCACAUAUAUGUCCGCCUCAGAUUAAUAUUGCUUCCAUGUUUGUCUAGCUGGAAAUAAUUUUGUUUUGCUUCUACAAGUCUUAGCUCAUUUAAUCCAAUUUAAAUCAGCGA